UGUUAAGACUUUUGUGAUGGAAGAUAUCGGAUUUACUCCACGAGCUGGCUAUUGCUUACUGGCAAAUGGAUUGCAGUUUAUCGUGUCGCUUGUCAUAGGUCUGCGUCUAGCUAAGGGUGUAAUCAGUAAAGGUGACAAAGUCGUCGUCGUUUGGCUGGUUUUCGACGCUUUCAUCCACUUUGCACUUGAGGGUCUGUUUGUAUUCUACUCGAUUGGAACGACAGUUGACAAGACACAUGGACAGAUGGAGGACAUUCUGGUGGCUAUCUGGAGAGAGUAUGGACUUGCCGACAGCCGAUGGAUUCACGGUGAUGCCACACUUGUAUCUCUUGAAAUUCCCACUGUUUUUCUGUGUGGGACUCUUUGUUUGGUACUAAUAGAUGCAAUCGUUAACAAGAGAUCAUACAGGCACUUCAUUCAGAUAACUCUCUGUGUUUGCGAACUGUAUGGCGGCUGGAUGAUAUUCUGCCCGGAGUGGUUGACAGGCAGUCCAUCACUUAACACAUCCAAGUUCCUCUAUCUCUGGUGUUAUCUCGUCUUUUUCAACAUGCUGUGGGUUGUUCUGCCAGUAUACAUGCUCUACCAGUCUUGGGUUUCAGUAAGCCAGACAGCUGACAAUGAGAAAAAGGAAAACUAAUUUUAGCCCUGCUAAAAAUAAAUGCUUACUAAUUGUCACGUGA